UCUCACACUACUAUUGCAAAAUCUGUAUACGUACGUAUAUUCGUAAAACGCAGUAGGUUCCAAUAUGAACAGCAAAUGCUGUCAAAACAAAAUUAUUUUUCAGAGAUAGCUUUCGACAGGUGCUACUUCCCCUCCCUUUCCCUUUUGGCCACUUGAAUCCUGUGCAGUUUUUAAUCACGUCUAAACAGGAAACAAAUGACACUGAGACAGUCGUAAUCAAAUGAGAGAGGUCUGUGCCAGUCUCGCCAGUGGAGAUCCAUGAACUCUGACAGCCGAAGGUAGCUGCCGUGCUGCUGUGUCCUCCCCAGGCAAGAAUGUGGUGACUUUUCAGAUCACCCCUCCAUGUACCCAUGAGAGGCAUUAUGAGCGUUUUGGACGAUGCUGUCAUAAAUGUGAACCAGGAAAGUACAUGUCUUCUAAAUGCACUACUACCUCGGAGAGCGUAUGCCUGCCGUGUGGCCCGGACGAGUACUUAGACACCUGGAAUGAAGAAGACAAAUGCUUACUGCAUAAAGUCUGCGACUCAGGCAAGGCCCUGGUGGCCGUGGAGCCCGGCAACCGGACGGCCCCGCGGCGCUGCGCCUGCACGGCCGGCUACCACUGGAGCGCGGACUGUGACUGCUGUCGCCGCAACGCCGAGUGCGCCCCGGGCUUUGGCGCGCAGCACCCGGUGCAGCUCAACAAGGACACAGUGUGCGAGCCCUGCCUUGUGGGCUCCUUCUCAGAUGCCUUCUCUUCCACAGAAAAAUGCAAACCUUGGACCAACUGUAGUGUUCUCGGAGAGACGGAAGUACGUCAUGGGACCGAUAAAUCAGAUGUGGUUUGCAGUUCUUCUCUGCCGUCUACAAAGCCACCAAAUGAAUCCAAGAUAUACUUGCCCGGUUUAAUUAUUCUGCUUCUCUUCAUAUCUGUGGCAUUAGUCGCUGCUGUCAUCUUUGGUGUUUACUAUAGGAAAAAAGGGAAAGCAGUAACAGCUAAUUUGUGGCACUGGGUCAAUGAGGCUUGCGGCCGCCUAAGUGGAAAUAAGGAGUCCUCAGGCAACAAUUUUAGCAGCACUCAUAUGGAAGCCUCUAGUCAGCGUGAAAUUUGUGAAGGUGUCUUACUGCUGACUCUGGAAGAGAAGAUGUUUCCCGAAGAUAUGUGCUGUCCAGACGGCAUUGGCCUCUGUGGCGGUGUGUGCUCAGGGGGUGGUUCCUGUGCACAGGGAGAAGAUGCUGGAGUGCUCACCUUGGUCAGCGAGAUUGAGGGGGACCCCUUCAGGCAGAUGCCCACGGAAGACGAAUAUGUAGACAGGCCCUCCCAGACCCCAGACUCUUCACUGUCCCUCCUCCCUCGGCCUGGCAGCAAAUCCACACCCCCUUUCCCUGAGCCCCUGGAGGUGGGGGAGAAUGACAGUUUAAGCCAGUGCUUCACUGGGACAGAGGGCUUGGUGGAUUCUGAAAGCUGCAAUUUCACGGAGCCCCCGUGCAGGACCGACUGGAUUCCCAUAGCCCCCGAAAAGUACUUGCAAAAAGAAGUGGAGGGUGGCAAUUGCCCCCACUGGGCAGCCAGCCCCAGCUCUGCAGAGGGCUGCGCAGGCUGCAGAAACCCUCCCGGGGAGGACCGGGAACCCCUCACGCCUACCCCGAAAAGUGGACCUUUGCCCCAGUGCGCCUAUGGCAUGGGCCCCCCGCCUGAAGAAGCAGCUGACGGGACAGGCCAGCCCACGGACGGGGCCGACGUAAGGCUUCCCGGCUCGAUGAGGGGAGGCCCGGGGUCUGGAAGCCCCUCCGGUGACCAGCCACCUGCAUCUGGAAAUGUGACUGGAAACAGUAACUCCACGUUUAUUUCCAGCGGGCAGGUGAUGAACUUCAAGGGCGACAUCAUCGUGGUCUACGUCAGCCAGAACUCCCAGGAGGGCCCGGCGGGGCCCGGCGGCGGCGGCGGCGGCGGCGGCGCGGGGGAGCCGGUGGGCCGCCCGGUGCAGGAGGAGAGCCCGCCGCGCUGCGACUCGUUCGCGGGCCUCGGGCCGCGCUUCCCCGACCCAUGCGCUGACCUGGAGGCGCGCCCGGGCGGGGGGCUGCAGGAGUGCGGCUCCCCCGGGCCCGACAAGGCCUCGCGGCCGGUGCAGGAGCAGGGGGAGGCCGGCAAGGGCGCGGCAAGGGCGCGGCGCUGAGCGGCGGGUGACUCGCGGCGGCUCUCGGCGCCCCCUCGGAGCCGCUCUGCGGUGGGGCGGGCGCGGACCUCGGGGCCAUCCAGCCCGGGCUCGGCGGGCACCGCGGGGGCCGCGCGUUCCUACUUGGAGGCGGGGAGCCGCACGCACCUGCGCCUGGGCGGGACCGGGGCCAGGGGCGGGCCGGGAGGAGGCUCGCGCGCCCGUGCCCGGGCGGGGCCUGGGGACGGAGCGCACCUGCUCCCGGGCGGGGCCUGGGGGCCGCGCGCACCUGCUCCCGGGCGGGGUCUGGGGAACCGCGCGCACCUGCUCCUGGGCGGGGCCUGGGGACUGCGCGCACCUGCUCCUGGGCGGGUCAGGGCGGCAGCCCUGAUCUGCGCCCAGACGUCCCUCUCUUCGGUACAUCGUCAACUUAACCUGACAUUCCCCACCUAUCUUGCUCUUUAUAGAAUCGGGCACUUUUGAAAAACCCGCAUUUGUUGUCACCAUUCACUGUUACCCACGGUCACGUAUCAACUGAUGACACGGGUAGACGUCGCUCCACUUUUUACCUCCUUUUAGGGUUUUCCUCCAUCCCCUCCCAUUCCCCAUUAUCAUUUCAUCAGUAGUUUGUCUCUUCAUGGCAUCUGUUUUAGUGAUUGUUCUGUUCUUUUUGGGUCUCCACCCCCCCAUAUUUGUAUUUCACUUCCAUAACAUUUUUCUUGAUACAACCCCCCCCCCUUUUGUUUUUACUCUGUAACGAUUUUCUUGAAAAUUAUCCUUAGGGUGCUGGUCUUCUUUACAUAUAUUUGCACCCCUUCUUGCAAGUAGGCUCCCUGUGUUUUGGUGAUGGCUUUUUUGGGGGGUAGGGAGGUCUGUACUAAGCACUUUUGGGAAAAGGCUAGGACUGUGAAGCUCGGAGGGAGGCUCAGGGAGCGACUGGAGUGACUUUUCGUUUUUGAAAUUUUUUCUGUGUUCUCGUUUUUUUUAGAGGAAGGAAAAAGGGAAACCCUGCUUCCCCCUGAAUGUUUUUAAGACUCUGUCAAUCCUCAGGCACAAUUAAGUGGUAGUGUGUCCUUCUUUCCCCCACUCCCAAAAUGCUUCACCCCUGAGGUGGAUGUAUUUACUCAUUCCAGUAGAGGCCGUCAGGUCCUAGCUGAAUCUCUAAAGAUCCAAGUUGCUGCAGCUUGGUGUUCUUACUUUAAACAGAAUCCUCAUAUUAUGCAUUUAAGAAAACUUAUCACAGAGACACUUUUCUCUUAGACCAGCCCUCUUGUGAGGAAACACACAGCAUGAGUCAGAUUGAAAGGAAUUACCUGGGUUGGUCCAUCCGUUGUGGUGAGUAUUUAAUCUCCUCAGGUGCCAGGGGCCACAGGUGCCCAGCUGAAGGAGUGGCCAUCAUUGAUUUCUCCCUACUGGUUGCAGAUCUCUUGGAAAUGCUGGAAAACUAUCAGCCAGUUAUGAAUUUUAAUGGAGAAGCAGAGGGUGGCUCUAUAAUUUAUGGGACUCCUUUGCUGGCAAAAAAUAAAAACAAA